AUGUGGGAGUCUUUUCAACUGGACAUUGAGUGCAUCGUUUGUAAUAAAACGUUGCAAAAGAUUAAUCACAAACUACCCAGAGAUUAUAAGAUGAGAAAAAUAAGCCGACGCUCGAGGACACCAAAUUGGUCACCAGAAGAAAAACAGUAUCUACUCGACUUAAUUAAAGAGCGAAAAGAAAUCGUCAUCAAUAAACCCAAUGCACCAAACAAUUACGAAGAAAAAGAUGUCGCGUGGAACGAGAUACUACAGGAAUUAACCUCUAAAUUCGGUCCUAAAUUUACCGAGUUCUCGAUAAAAAAAUUGAAAACUCAAUGGCAGAAUAUGAAACGUAUCGCUCGGGAGGAAAUUUCUUUAAAUGGCCCAACAGUAAAUAACUAUACAAGACAAUCAUUUGAAGUAUGUAACAUUCUAGAUUUAGUUAAAAAUGGUGAAAUAAAACAAGAAGAAAAAGCACAGUCCAUUGAAACAAUUUUAAAAACUGAUAUUGAAAUUAAAACGGAAUGUAUUGACGAUGAUCUGAAUGUACCAAGCUGUAAAACGCAGUCCAAAGUCGACACUAUAAUUAUAGACUCAUCAUCAUCCUUCUCGGAACCAAUGGAUUUGAGUGAGCCUACAAAUGAGAUAGACUCUGGAAAUCAUAAGACUGCUGAAACUAUGACAGAUGCUUUCGUAGAUAUAAACUUGUUCCCUGGAGUAGCAAAUGACUUUUUGAGGUUUUCCACAACUCAAAAAGAAAUGAAAAUGGAAGCGCUUAAAGAAGAAAUGCAAAUAAUACGAUCAAUGAGAGAAACAGCCGAGUUGAAUAAAAUCAUAGCUGAACAAAAAUUGAAACAUGUCCUUUGGGUAAAGAAACAAGAGAUGGCAAUGUAUUCUGGUGAACCUGGAUCAGGUGCUGGUAAAGGUGGUGGUGGUGGUGGAUCCAUCCGUGAAGCUGGUGGUUCCUUUGGCAAGAUGGAAGCCGCCAGAGAAGAUCAAUACUUUUAUAACAAGCAAAAAGAACAACUGUUAAACCUGAAAGGCCACAUGGAAAAGGAGAUUGCUUUUCAUCAAGAGCAAAUCAAACGCCAUGAAGAUGCAAUCCGACGCCAUAAGCAAACUCUAUCAAGUGUUGGGGGACAGGAGUGA